GCUUAUUGGUGCCUAAACAUGAAGGGACUGGGCUUGGUUCUAUUUGUGCUUCUCCUGAUGUUUGUCGUCGGCGAGGGUAAUGAUCCAGAACCACAGUACUGGACAUGUGGGCAUAGAGGACUCUGCAGACGGUUCUGCUAUGCCCAGGAGUACAUGAUCGGUCAUCAUGGGUGCCCUCGACGAUACAGGUGCUGUGCCAUACGAUUUUAACACCUGCCAGUCUUCAUUUGGAGCCUGCAAGAAGCCACAGAGUGAUGUGUGCUAUUCCGAGGGCUUGAGUCUUGCUUUCAG